CCUGGAAGUGGCGGCGCUCAGCUUUGCAUAGCAAUGCACAGCUUUGCAUAACCAAUACAAGCAGGCAUUUAAAGACGACAACGCUGUCACAGACCUAGCAGUUAACCAGGCGCGGACCCACCAUUUGCAAUGAGACCCUCGAUGCAGGCUCCGUUCCUGAUCGCCCUGGGCUUGCUUCUUGCCGGCCCUGCUGCUCCUCUCCGUAGCUUUUCCUGGGAUAACUGUGAUGAGGGGAAGGACCCUAUGGUGCUCAAAAGCCUGACUCUGGAACCUGACCCCAUUGCCGUUCCUGGGAACGUGACUGUCAGUGCCGAGGUGAAGACCACUGUCGCCCUCUCUGCUCCUCAGAAGGUGGAACUAACGGUGGAGAAGGAAGUGGCUGGCGUAUGGGUCAAAAUUCCAUGUGUGGAUCAGAUCGGUAGCUGUACUUUUGACAAUGCCUGUGAUAUACUAGACGCUUUGACUCCCCCUGGGCAGCCCUGCCCAGAGCCCCUGCACACCUUUGGGCUUCCCUGCCACUGUCCCUUCAAAGAAGGCACCUACUCACUGCCCAAGAGUACUUUCCCCUUGCCUGACCUGGAGCUGCCCAGCUGGCUCAGCAACGGGAACUACCGUGUCCAGAGCAUCCUGAGCAGCGGUGGGAAACGUCUGGGCUGUGUCAAGAUCACUGCCUCUCUAAAGGCCAAAUGAUGUGGCACCAGCCUCAGCAGAAUGAAGGAGUAUGAGGAAGUCGUCCGUCUUCCCCUGUCUUGUGUUGGCCAAGGCCUGAUUCUAACUCUCUGUCUACCUUUUUAAGCCCCUUUCUACAAUGAUGCUAUUCCCCUCACUGAAAGCCAUUUUGUGCCACCUACAUUUUAGGUGUGGGCAAGCAGCCCUAACCUCAGGGAGCAUGAGCUUGGGGUUCUUGAUAGCCCAGGACGUGUCCCGGGCUGGCCACACCGUUUCUUCCUCAUUCCUUUGGCUUUCUCUCUAAGAGCUUAACUCAUUUUCUAAACAGUCAAAAGGAAUGGGACCAACAUGUUUUGUGACCCCAAGUUCUGACUGACCCAGUCUUGACCUCCUGAAGUACCUUUAUGAUUUUCUCAUUAAAAUUUUGUCACUUACUUAAAAGUAGAGAGUAUUAACAGUUUUCAUUUUACUCCAACCCCCUCUUACAAUGAAGAGGCUGAAGUAGUUGAUCUCAGCCUGUUCCUCCAUUAACUUCUAUGAUUAAUUUCGUAUUCUGUUCUAGAUUUUCCCAGUUAGCAAUGGGGCAUGAUGUAUCAUGGAGAGGCAGGGUGUGUGGUGGGGGCUACGUUGGGAGAGAUAUUUAAGGAUGCUCUAUGUGUUUAAGAUAGUUGAUAAACUCAGGUGCCCGCAGGGCCAAGCAUGAGAGGUAAAUGGGUGACAAAGACCACAAGGAACAUGUUUUCAGGCAUGUCUUCCCUUUUUCCUUUUGACAGCAGGAUGUAUGCGUUGGUAUGAGGCAGCUAAUGCCCAGUCUCGAGUUGGGGGUAUAAUUGGGGAUGGGGUUAGGUGUUGGAAAGGGAACAUCCGGUCUGCAGGGGCAGCUGCUGUCCAGAUAGAGCCAGUUAGUGCCACAUGAGAAUGUGUAGGGCCAGUUUGCCAAAUAUUCUCAAAUCUUUUCCCUUAGAGAAGCCAGAAAUCUAGACUUUUAUAUGAAAUCUUACAAUUUUCAAAUAUUGGAAACUAAUUAUUUUUUAAAACAUUGUGUGGGGCCUAAGGGGCCAAACGGACUUGUCAGGGGGGACAUCUGGCUCCUGGGUGGCCAGUCUGCAAACUCUGACCUAUGGACAUGCAUGCCUUGUCCGUUCCUUGUCAAGACAACCCCUCCAGCACCCUUUCCUCCCUCUCUAAGGCCAAAUCCAUUGGGUCUGACCCAAGAGGAAGGCUCUUCCAGGGCUAGGGGAGGUAGAGAUAUAAAAGCUGUGAGCUAUGGGGAUCAUGAGGCUGCCUGCUCGGCUUUGGAGUGCUGAUAGGACGAAUGGCGCAGACGCUGAAGAGUUGGUCCCACCAGCAGCUGCUCUGUGGAGUGGGAAUCCAACGAAGAGAGGUGGACUCGUGUCAGGUGCCUGGGUUUGUCCACUGACUUCUCCUCCCAUGACAACUUACUGACCACAGACCAGCCCCGGCUUCUGGGCUCAUCUGAAGCCUGGAAUGGCAAUAAAUCUUUUUAAUUUGCUCAGAA